GAACGGCGACCCGGUCUGAAAAGUCCUGAUAAGAACGUCUGAGGAGGAGCUACUUGUUCCUGGAGCCAGAAAGACGAACAGCAAAGAUUCACACAUGAAGAUGGAGAUUUGCCACAAUGGAUACUACACUGAAGACUUCAGGACACAGGAAGUGCCCGCGGGCUUCGACUUUGCAUCUUAUGACUACCCUGGUGAAGACCUGUCUUUUCUGUUAGACAGCAAAGCACCUGGACAGCAGCAGUAUACGACAGAAAGCAGCUACCCUGAGUCACUAAAAGCUUCUCAUCCUUAUGACACUAAAGUGGGCAGUAACGAUGCAGCUCUCUUCAACCUCGACUCCUACCAGGAGUUUAACUGGUGGGCUUCAUAUCCUCAUGAUGGACUGGCAGACCAGUCACAAACUGGAUACUUGGAGACUUCACAGACGUAUCAGAACCUGGUUCCCCAGAACGGGCAGUUCAGUCCAGCCCUGGAGGGCAGCCACAGCCCCUUCCUAACUGGAAAAGCACCCAACACAUUGCAAAGUGAAGCGGAUCAGAGCUUCUACAAGUCAGACGGACAGAGACAGUCCUCAUCCUUCUGGUCGGAAUACUCCUCUCCCAGCUUCACUGCCCCACCACCACCUCCAGCCUCCUGCCCCUCAACCCACAACCCUCAGUCCUCAGAGCAGUACUGCCCCCGUGUGGCCAAACGGAAAAACACACACACCCAGAGACCGGAACGGGAAGGCCAGAUGACAGGGAUGUCCACUUAUCCAGGUUCUGGUCCGAUCCAGUUGUGGCAGUUUUUACUGGAACUUCUUCUUGACUCUGCCUGCAGCACCUUCAUCUCCUGGACUGGAGACGGCUGGGAGUUUAAGAUGUCCGACCCCACAGAGGUGGCCAAGCGUUGGGGUCAGUGCAAAAACAAGCCAAAGAUGAAUUAUGAGAAGCUGAGUCGUGGCCUGCGCUACUACUACCACAAGAACAUCAUCCACAAGACGGCAGGCAAACGCUACGUCUACCGCUUCGUCUGCGACAUGCAGGGCAUGCUGGGAAAGACGGCGCAGGAGGUCCUGAGCAGUCUGAACGUCUUGCCCAUAAACACAGAGUCGUGGAGGUGCCCCGGCGUGCCGGCAUCAGAACAUGGCAGCGAAACAUGGCCGCCACAGUAGGGAACAGCUGCCGGUAGGCUGGGUGGGGAGCGAGCUGCAGACCCUGAAUGGACUACACAACCUCAGAGCCUGUGGUCGGUCUUUACAGACAGGUUACAUGUUCCCUAAAUAAUAGAUGACAGGUGAUCAUGUCUUUGCUCAGGGCUACGAGUGCAGCACAAAAAGCAGCCAGAGACGUUUUAAGCACUACAGUUGGAUUCUUUUUACAGCAUGAGCCAGUUUUAACUUGAUGGAUGUAAAUAGUGUUAAUAUGAACCAUUUGUAGAGUUUUGUGCAUUUAUAUUAUUGUUUUUAUACAAAACUCAGGUCUACCUCCAUUGCUUCUGAGAAUGACAAACUAAUAGCUUUAUGGCCCUCCCAGAAAAGCCUUUAUUGAUUUAUGAUGACCAUGUUGUGUAAAUAAACUGUAUUUAAACAUCAGUUGAGCGUUUCUUUUAUUAUUAUGAUUAAUUAAUUGAUUUGUUUAUAUAAAAAUCUAAAGGAUCAAUAAACAAUUUAUCAGCUGACAAUGAUGCAAUCAUUAAAAU